AUGAGCUCUUGGCAACACCAGGCAGCUGGACUCAAUGAUCCUUUUCAAGUCUUGACAGCCUUUGGCCUCUGCAGCCUACAGUCCUGCAGCCCUGGCAGCCUUGGGCCUUUGCAGGAGAUGGGAUCUCUACAAUUGGAUGCCACUACGUCCGCAGGAAGUCGCGUGACGUCGCGUGACGUCGCGCCGCCCGCCGGCUUCCCUCUCUCCGGGCCGCCCGCAGCUGGAGCGCCGGCCGCUCGCCUCGCGCCUGGGGCGGCUGCGGGGCCCCCGGGGCCGCUCUCCUCUCCUCUCCGACGCCCGCCCAGGGGCCGCUUCGGGCGCCCGGAGCUGCGGGGUUCCCCAGGACUUCCCGGAAAGGGCCUUGCUGCUGCUCUUCGUGCAGGAUCACAGUUGGAGAUGACGGGGCCUCCUCGUCUGGCGUCUUGUCCCAAGGAUUUAGUGACCUUCCCUGAUGUGGCCGUGAGCUUCUCCCUGGAAGAGUGGCCAUGUCUGGAUGCCUCUCAGAGAACUCUCUACAGAGACGUGAUGCUGGAGACCUACCAGCUCCUGCAGGCAGUAGGGCAUUGCAGAGAGAAGCCUCCGCUGAUCUCCUGGUUGGAAGGAGGAGUACUGGGAAGGCUGCAGAGAGGUGUGUUUGCUGGACUUCCCGGAAAGGGCCUUGCUGCUGCUCUUCGUGCAGGAUCACAGUUGGAGAUGACGGGGCCUCCUCGUCUGGCGUCUUGUCCCAAGGACAUGGUGACCUUCCCUGAUGUGGUUGUGAGUUUCUCACCAGAGGAGUGGCUGUGCCUAGACAUCUCUCAGAGGAAGCUCUACAGAGAUGUGAUGCUGGAGACCUACCAGCACCUGCAGGCAGUAGCAGGACAUUGCAGGGUGAAGCCUGCACUGAUCUGCUGGCUGGAAGGAGGAACCCUGGAAAGGAUGCAGAGGGGCAUGUUUGCAGAACCAAAGCCAGAAAGCCAUCCAUGUUCCUUCUGUUCUCUCGCCUUCUCCAGUCAGAGCUUCCUCAGUCGUCACAUGAAACGUAGUCAUCCCUCUUGGAUACUCCAAGGAAAAUCUGCAAGAAAACAUUCUCAACUAGAGAAUUCCUGUUCACGUGAUCAAAACCAAUGGCAGCAACAUUCUGAUCCGUGUAAUGACAAAUUUGACAAACCAAGGAAUGGCAUACUUGAAAGUCAAAAGCAAAAAGGAAGCCCCUUACCUUUGGCUAAGAAGAUAAGGCAGAAAAGAAUUUCAAGACCCUUUUCUAGCCAAUCUAGCAUUCAAAUUGGGGACUCCAAUAAGCAUGAGACAGAAAUGGAGGAAGAUACUAACAUAGGACAGAAAGAAAAUCCAAAGGACACGGGCAAUGUAGUUGCAGGUAUAGGAAUUCAAAGAAUUUUCAGAGACAAGUAUGUAAGGCCUGGGCAAGACUUCACUGAUGGAUCAAAUCUCAUCAUACACCAGAGGACACACACAGGAGAGAAGCCAUAUUUUUGCAAGGAGUGUGGACGAGACUUCAGUCAGAGUUCACAUCUCAUCAGACACCAAAGGACACACAAAGGGGAGAAGUCCUAUGCUUGCAGGGAGAGUGAGCCUGGCAUUAGUCACAGUUCACUCCUCAUCAAAAACCAAAGGACACAAACACGGGAAAAACCCCAUGUUUGCACAGAGUGUGAGCGAGGCUUCAGACUAAGGGCUCAUCUCAUCAUACACCAGAGAACACACACAGGGGAGAAGCCCUAUGUUUGCAAGCAGUGUGGGCGAGGCUUUAGUCAGAUGUCACAUCUCAUGACACACCAGAGGACACACACAGGUGAGAAGCCCUAUGUUUGCAAAGAGUGUGGGCGAGGCUUCAGUCAAAGGUCAGUUCUCCUCUCACACCAGAGGACACACACAGGAGAGAAGCCCUAUGUUUGUGGGGAGUGUGGUCGAGGAUUCAGUUACAGUUCACAUCUCAUCGUACACCAGAGGAUACACACAGGGGAGAAGCCCUAUGUUUGCGGGGAGUGUGGGCGAGGCUUCAGUCAGAGGUCAAGUCUCAUCACACACCAGAGGACACAUACAGGAGAGAAGCCAUUUGUUUGCACGGAGUGUGGGCAAGGCUUCAGUCAGAAGUCACAUCUCAUCAGACACCACAAGACUCACACAGAGGAAAAGCCCUUCAUUUGUGCGGAUUGUGGGCAAGGCUUCAGAUUAAAGUCACAUCUCUUCACACACCAAAGGGCACACAAGGGAGAAGCCCUAUGCUUGCAGGGAGUGUGGGCAAGACUUCAGUGAGAGAUAGGUCUUAUACACCAAAGGAGACACAGGGGAAAAGCCCUGUGUUUGCAGGAAGUGUGGGCAUGGCUUCAGUGUGAUUCAAGUCUCAUCUCACACCAGAGAAAACACGGGUAAAGCCCUAUGCUUGCAGG